AUGGAAGCUGAAAAAGAUGCUUAUCUAGAACCUCUUCUUGAGGGAAAGCCAAUGAACACUCAUGGAAGUAUUGAUAAAUCAUCAAUGAUUAAUGUUGAUGAACUUGUUAACGAUGAAAAAAUGAAACGAGUCGACGCCAGAUACUAGAAGUACUAUAACUAUUGGAGAGAUUUCGAUAUGCUCACCACUAUUCUUGCAAUGAUUGGUCUUAUCCUAGCUGUCGUUGAGUAAGAAUCAGAGAAAUUUGAUUAUAAAAACAGAACAGCUGAAGCAGUAAUGGCUAAUUCUUUCACAAGAGUUAUAAUUACCUGCACCACACUUCUCUCAGUUGUAACUCUGUUUGUAAGAAACUGGACACAGAUCCAUUGGGAGGAUUUCAAAAGUUCAAAGAAGGUACUCCAAUAAUAUUAUGAACAACAGCUUAGAGCAGUCAACUUUGUACAAUAAUAUAGAACUGUAGCUGAUAGUGAUCCAAAGAAAACCGAAAUCGCCAAAAAGAUCAAAUCGCUUUAAAAGAAUGGCUCUACAUUCAAAAGAUGGCUAUCAAAUGUCCUUACUUUCUAAUUUUUGGCAGAAGUCAUGAUGCUUUGCAUCCACCCACUUCCUUACUUCGAAUAAGAGUACACCUUUAAGAUCAUUAAUAUGCUUACCGCAAAGAAUGAUUAUGUAGAUGUAAAGUACAUGCUGGGAGACUUUUUGUUCGCAUUUAUGUUCCUCAGAUUCUAUUUUGUGAUCAGAACUAUCAUGAACUUCUCUGCAUAUUCUGAUUUAAGCUCAAAGAAGAUAUGCAUGAAGUAUAACUUCCAAAGCAAUACUUCUUUCUGCUUCAAAGCUAUGUACAAGAAGAAUCUUUCAUUAACCAUCUUUGUGCUUGCCCUACUCUCAAUUAUGAUAUAUUAUCAGAGUUAGAACCAAAGAGUAUUCGACUCUUAUUAGACUGCCAUCUGGUGUGUUGUCAUCACAAUGACAACAGUAGGUUAUGGUGAUGUUUAUGCUGUCUCACCAUUUGGAAGAUUGAUUUCUAUUAUCAACGCUCUCUGGGGUGCUUUUAUCAUAUCUUUAUUGGUUUCUUCAAUUGGAAAGAUCUUUGAUCUCUCUGAUGCUUAGAAAAAUGCUGUUACUUAAAUUACAAACCACAAAAUGGCAGCUAAAUCAUUGAAAUCUUCUUACAAGUACUUCAAAGCAAAGAAUGAAUUCAAGUAAAAAAGAGAUAGGAUGAAUAACAAUAAUGUGUAACCUGACGAAGACUAUGUUCCAAGCUUUGAAGAACUAGAGAAACUAAAAGAUCAGAUGAACAACGAUUUCAGUCAAAUGAAGAGAGAGAGACUAGAUAACGAAAACAUUGUUCCAUUUGAUUAGAACAAGCAUAACAUUAAAACAGUCAAAGAACAAGUCCUAGAUAUCAAUGAUAAAUUUGACUACCUUGUAUAAUUGAUGAUUCAGAGUGAAAAAAUAAAGGGGAAAUAACAAGACGGAAGAAAUUUCGAGUCAAAGAAUCCUGACAAUUACUCUUUUACUCUUUCAUAGGAGCAAGCUAUUAAAGUUAAAGAUCUCUCUAAAUUAAGUGGUGAUGCCCUUAGAAAAGAACAAUAGAGAUUGUCAAAUGCCACUAAAGUAUUCUAAAUGAAGGCUACCUAGGUUGUAGGUUCAUCUAGAGAGCAUCAUAGAAAAAUUGAGAAGAAACCACUAUCCGAGAGAGUCAUUCUAGCCAUGAAGUAUCAAGAAGAAGAGGAAAAACUAAGAAAUCAAAUUAGUAGAAGCAAGACUAUUGUUCAAUGA